GAUGUGACCGCAAGAAUGUUUUAUUAGACAAAGCUAUUGUUCUUACCGACGAAAUGCAGGAUCUGUACCUUUUUAGCGCCGCGGUGUCAGCGAUUGUUAUUUUACUUGUCGCGUUUAUCGUGAUUGUCUUUAACAGUAUCGCAUGGGUGUUUAUCGUCAUCAGUAUCUACGCGAUUGCCAGUUUCUAUGCCGUUCAGGUGGCACAGGGUGUGGACCGUUUGCUGACGAGGUUCAACAUUAUAAGCGACAAGUUCAUCACGAGGUACGAGAUCAAGGAUUCAUGCAGCGUCUGCAGCAAGAACACCUGCAAGAGACACAAAUUGCUGCCGCAUUCGACCAAGGUCAAAGUUCCAAAAGACUUUGACCAUGCAUUGGAGCAACUUUUGGAAGAGGUGCUGCAAAUCUACGUCUGCACGUGGUACUCAGAUUUCUCAGCGAACGAGGCUUUCAUACAACAGCUUCGUCUAGCUAUAACAACAGCAGCAAAGAACAUUACUGUACGACUAUUGCGCGUGGACGCAGCGACCAUCACCUUCGACGGCCUGAUCCCCUUGGCUAUACAACACGCUGAAGACUGGAAUACAUUGCUAAAAAUGUCCAAGUCUGAUGUUAAAAUGCCCCAGGAAUACAUUGGGACAUGUUUGAGCUCGAAAAUUCAUCCAGCUGCUUAUUCGAGAGAGGCUGAGUUGAAUUAUUUACGGGGACUGGUCACUGCACUGCUGCCGCAUUUGUUACCAGCAAUACACGUCUCGACGAACAACAAAGUGAUACUUCGAGAAAUUUUGGCAAAUUGGGUGCUAUUACCAGCAAUUGAUGCACUUGCGGAUCCAGAAAAUAUAAAUAUGCUGGUGACAUUAUCUACUCAUCAUGACACCACUUUAUCUAAUUCUGCGGAGAUUGUCACCGUACCCAUACUGCAAUCUUGGGUUACAGUUCCAGUGAUGCAUUCGCAUAUCACACACAGUUGCUUCAAACCAUCUUUAAAUGACAUCUUAAAUGAUCCUGAACUAUUAUAUAUGUUUAUGCAGCACAUCAAAGAAUCAGGACCCAUGAAUCUUCUUCAAUUUUGCUUAGAUAUUGAUGAUCUCAGUAAACGUAUGUUAAAUCCAGAAAUGUCGACUAGUGCUGAAAAAAGCUUGUAUGAAGAUGUUCGAAGUAUGUACAUGAUGUAUCUUGAUCCUGACGGUCCAGAAUAUCUGUAUCUACCAUUACAUAUAUCGAAAGGUAUACGACAAAUAUUAGAAGGUGGGCCCGAAAAAAUUCAAGAACUACGGACAUCACGGCCCUUCUAUCAAGCUCACCAAGAGGCACAUUCGCUCCUAGAAAAUACUUGUUUACCAUCAUUUCAUCAUAGUUAUCAAUUAUAUAAACUCUUAUGCGGUCAUUUGUCCGAACAAACAAAGGCUACUGCAACAGCUAAUGCAAGCGGAGGUGCAUCUACGCCUACACGAUUUAAUAAUCAACAAAGCAAAGUCGACGGCGUCUUACGCACGACUGCAGUCGAUGGUACCCCAUUUCAACUACAAGGCGCCUACCCGGUCGAAGAGGUAGAUUGCACGGCUCGAGCGUAUAACGAAAUCAAGGGCUUUGGUGAUAAGACUCGCGACUUAACGACGUGGCGAGUCGCCGUUCCACAUGUGGAUGGUGGUGGUGCGCAACCUGUGUACAUGAUUGCCAUUCACAGCGUGGCGGAGGCUAAAUCGUGGACGGUCCUACGACAGGAUCAAGAUUUCUACACACUACGCACGCGACUUAUCGAAUUCCAUGGUGAUAAAGAAUUGAACGAUUCACCGUUACCAUCACGCAAGAAUCCGCACUUGCCUCUCGCAGCUAACCGUCAGCGUUAUGAGGAGUUUCUGCAAAAAUUGCUGUCCAAACCGGUAUUGAGAAGUAGCGAACUCCUUUACACCUUUCUCACAACACCGAACUUGAAGCCAUACUUUGCGAACUACAGCACACCCGAUCUCGGAAUUCUCUAUCAGAGUAUGGCUUAUAAAUUGCGAAAGGAGAAAGGACAACAUCUUGACAAAUUCAUGAGCACUUUUCUGGCAUCAACUAAUACGAAAUACGAGCACAUGGAUAUGGGUGUCGAACCAUCGAGCGAACAUCUCAGCGAAACAGAGAGCAAAGGUAGAAAGUUGAUAGACGAGGUGUUUGGCAAUAAUCUGAAUCUACCGGUUACUUUCCAAAAUUUGCCAUGCAGUUUACCGCAACGUGAUCACGUGAAAGGUGCAAGUUUAUGCAUCAUAGAGGCUCUUGAUAGUCUACUAGAUGUACCUUUGAUUAUAUCGCGACUUUUCUGGAUGUUUGCCAUCUUAUCGCGCAAAAGAAUAGAUCCUAUCGUGAAUGCGCUGUUUUACAACACUUUGAUUAAGCUUCUGAGUGGUGGUCGUGCUUCCAUCGUUGUCAAACUUCUACAUGCGAAAAUAGUGGGUAAAAAUUAUAUGAAAGACUUUCCUUCGCAAGGAAAAUUUCGAAAUUACUACGAAACGGCAAAGGAGGGACUACAUUCCUUAUGGUGGUUAAUGGGAUUUUCCAAGCCUUGGAACAAUCUGAUGGAUUCCCUUUUAGAUCCUUUACAAAAUGCGCCGUUCAAUAAGCAUCUCGCGUAUCUUUUACUAGAUCAUCUCCUACUAAAUCUUUUUCCAGAACUAACUGCAUAAUAUAUUACAAUCGUUUUUUGUUGUUUACAUAAAAAUUGAAUAACUGUAUAUAAUGUAUAAUUCUACAAAGCAAUUUGCACAUAUAUAAAUAUUUCUUUUUGUACAUAUAAUCUAAUAAUUUUAUAAAUAAAAAUUUUUAUUAAGGUUUAUUUAAAAAAUAGUAUAAUGUGGAAAGCAAGAGGCGAGAAUUUUUGCAUGAUAAAAAAUAAUACGCAAAUAAUACAAUUUAUGGUUGUGAUGAAGUACUCUAAUAGAUGCACCUUUUUGUGUAAGAAGAAAAAAGUAGCGACAAGUAUAAUAAGUAAAAUUUACCAAGCGUUUUACGCAAUAAAAUGUAAAUGAUUUUACAUGAUCUUACAUCAUGAUCAUCGAUGUAAACAGUAAUUCAUUACACAAGAUAAA